AUGACAACACCGCCCAUCCUCCUCCCAACCCCCUCUCCCUCCUCGUCGUCUUCCCACCCCACCUCCACAACAUCUUCCAAACCCUUCCACGUCCUGAUCAUCGGCGGCUCAAUCACAGGCCUCACCCUCGCGCACUGCCUAACCGCCGCCGGAAUCUCGUAUACGAUCCUCGAGAAACACCGCAACCUUUUGGCCCCCCUGGGGGGCGUGAUCGGGGUCGCACCGACUGGUGCUAGAAUACUCGACCAGCUCGGCCUCUUUGAGAAUCUGAAUGCAAUCGCGCAGGGGAUUCGCAUUCUUUGCACGGGGUUUCCGGAUGGGAGCGGGAUUAGUCAGGCGUGGGUUCGGGAGUUUGAAGGGAGGUACGGGUACGGCUUUAGCAUCGUGACGAGUCAGCAGUUGCUCGAGGUGCUGUAUACAGGCCUCGGCGAGAGGGCCAAGGAGACCGUGCACGGAGGUGCAGAGGUGACGAAGAUCUGCCACGAGGGCGAUGUGGUCAAGGUGCACACGCGCGCCGGGAAUGUGUAUACAGGAGACCUCGUCGUUGGUGCCGACGGUCUGCACAGUAUCGCGCGCUCGGAGAUACUGAAGAUUGUCGGAAGAAACGCCAUCGCGGAGACGUCGAACCUCACAGCAGACUACCGCGUGCACGUCGGCCUCUCCACCUCCGUUCCGGGCCUGAGUACCAGCGAACAAAUCAUCCGCUCCUAUGACGGCUUCGCGCUGUUCGUCUUCUGCGGCAAGGACGGAGAGGUCGGCUGGUUCGCGACCGAGAAGCUCGAUCAGCGAUAUACGUACCCUGAGCGACCAGGCUAUACGGAAGAAGACGCAAUGGCGUAUUGCGAGAGUAUGUCGGAUGUGAAUGUUUGGGGCGAUAUCAAGUUUGGUGCGGUGUGGAAGGCGCGCACCUCGUUCUCGCAUGCGCUUGUUGAUGAGCAUGUUUUUUCGACGUGGAAUUAUGGGAGGGUGGUUUAUGUUGGGGAUAGUGUUGUCAAGAUAAGCCCCAACUCCGGCCUGGGCGCAAGCGUAGGAAUGGAAUGUGCAGCGGCAUUAACCAACAAACUACACUCCCUCCUCUCGUCCAAAUCCCCAAUCUCCAAGCCCUCCACGGCAGCAAUUGAGACCCUCCUCGACGAAUACACAAAUUCCCAGCACCGUCGCGCGCGGAUGAUCGGAUUCGCCUCGUACGGCGCGAUCCGGCUGCACUCGCGAGACGGGUGGCUCAAUGCGCUGAUCGGUGGGUUUGUGCUCCGCUCGGAAAGAUUGGCGGUCUUUUGGACGACGGUUAUUAUGAGGGGGGGGAUCAAGUUGGAUUUUCUCCCUGUGCCACGGAGGGGUUCGGAGAAGCAGAGGUGGAACAUGCGGUCGGUUAUUCUACUUGUUUCCGUUGUUGUGGUGCUGCUUGCUGUCGUUUUUUAG